AUGCCCUGGCACGUCGCUGUCGACGCUCGCUGCAAAGCGCACGCGUACGUGCGCACGUCCCCUGUCGCCAAACCGCCCGCCCCCGCCGCGCGCACGCAGGCCGCCCGCUCGCCCCCUCCAAUGGUGCCCCCGCGCCGCCGCGCCGCGGUUACGCACGCCGCCGCCGCGGCGGCGCCGGCGCCCGCGGCGCUGACCGAGCUGCUCUCCCGCUACAUCGCCCUCUGCACCCGCAUGCUGCCCCGCGCGUCCCCCGCCUUUGUCGAUUCGACCCAAAUAAUGAUCCGGACGCAGGCCCUGCAGCUGAUGCAGGACAUGGAGCGCGCCGGCGACGCCGCGCCGGGCGCGCCGCUGCCCAGCGAUCUGGUGGCGGGCCUGCGGGGGCUAAUAGAGGGCUCAGUGACUGAUGCAGUCAUCCACGUCGGCUGGGCGAUAGGGGUGGUGCUGGACAGAGAGCGCGACCCGCUGGACAGCCCCAGGGCCACGCAGGCGCGAGGGGCGGCGGCUUCCCGGCAGCUUCCCGGCGGAUAG